GUUAGCGUUUUCUUACAUUGAGUAUGUUUGCUCUUGCACUCAACAAUACAGCACUUAGUCCGCUCUCAGCACAGUCGAAUUCGAUUUCGACUAAAAGCCACUCAAAUGCUCUCACGCGCUCAGUGCGCAUUCGAAUUUCGAAAUCGACAACGCGGCGCUCUCAGCACUCACGCUCUCGCGGCAGCUGCUUUUCGAAUUUCGACCACCAGCUGUUGAGCGUCAAAUGACGCACGUUGGCGAAAAGUGCGCUGUGCACAAAUUCAGUGAAUAUAAACUAUAAAAACAGUUUAAAAAUGUAAGCAGAUUGAAAAAAUUAAUGAAAAAUAAGUAAAUGAUAAUUGAUAAAUGAGUGAUAAGUGAUUCAUAAUUGAUAAGUGAAUCGAGAUGAAAAGUGAAACCUCAAGGCAUGAUCGCCUCGCUUGAAAAUAUCCGAUUACCUUAGCACUUUAAGCACAGACAUCCCGGAAUUAUGAACUCGCAAUCGGAUGAUGUGGAUGAUGUGCACCUGUGCAUUAAGUGCCAUGCGACGAUUGUGGGUCUGCGCAAAUACAUUUAUCAUCGUAAGCAGCAUUGUCUGCGCAUGGUGGGAGGCAGUCGAAAGGAGAAGCAACUAGAGGCCACGGCAACGACAUCUGCGACUUCUGCGCACGUGACGCGCACAGUUAUAACGCGCUCCAGCUUGGAGCAUAGCUAUGAUGGGUUCAAUUUUGGCGAGGCGGAAGCACCGAGCAGCUACUUGCGCAAGACGACGGACAGCCAUGGGGGCAAGACGUCGAAAGCCCUAACUGAGGCGUACGAUCCGACGUACGAGCUGGGCGCCGAUGUCUUCUUUUCCUCGCUGCAGCUGCAGAGCGUCUCCACGGGCGGCAAGACGGGCGCACGAUCCGAACGUGGCACUAAGGAGGAACAGAGCUGGCAUUCAGCGGACCGGUGCUCCGAUCCUUUGUUGAAGGCGGUGCGGGAGCAUGAAGAGCCGGUGUUCAAGACGCUUAACUUUGCCCAUUCGCCGGAGGCGAGCGAGGAGGAAGACGAGGAGGAGGAGCCCGAUGAGUCUGAUGGCGAUGAUGAUGAGGCAGAAAAUGACCAGGACCCAGAGUUCGAUCCCGAGCUCCAUCCAGAUGAAGAUUACGAUGGGCGACGCCACUCGCCGCCGACUGUGCCCGCCACGCACACUGGCGGCAAGUGGAGGCCGGAUCAGCGGCCACAGCUGCAUCACACGCACCUGGAACGCAUCUCGCCCAGCUGGGAUGAGCCGGCCGAGGACGCCCACGAUCAUCCGCCCGCCGAGCACACACACGGCAAAUGGGUGCCCGGCAGCAAGCAGCUGGAGUACCGGGAAAACAUUGAUCUGACCAAGCUGGAGCAGCCGAGCGCCAGCUAUUGGUGCAACAUCUGCUGUCGCCGGCUCAAGACGCGACUCAUCUACGAUCAGCAUCUGCGCAGCAACUACCAUAAGCGGCGCGCGGACACCGAGUGCCAGCUGGAGCAGGCCAAUCUCCAGUCCGCCCAUCUGAAGGUCAACAAGAACUUUGCCCAUCCGCCCGCGCCAUCGGCGAAGGAGCAAAUGCAUCAGCGGCGUCGUCGUCGCGCCCGUCUGCUGCGCUGCGAGCUCUGCCGGCACAGCAUGGCGCGCCAUCUGAUCGGCAAGCAUCUGAUCUCGCACUAUCACUAUCGGCGCAUGCAGCUCAAAUCGCAGGUGGGCAGCCAGAGCGCCUCGCUGCACGCCAUUCUGGAGCACAUGGGCAGCAUUGUGCGGCAGGCGCCGUUCCAGUGUCUGCCCUGUCGCUUCUAUGCCAAUACGGAGCAGGCCUUUCAGGCCCACUGGCGUUCCUCCGCGCACAUCGAGCUGACCGGGCGACUGGGGGGCACCUUCUGGUGCAGCUACUGCCAGUUCGAGUGCGGCAGCAACGAGGAGAUGUGGCAGCAUCUCCUGGGCAAUGGGCACAUGGAGGUGCUGCAUGCGAUUAAUCGAUCGGUGCCCGUUUGCAUUGGCCAGCGUCGGCACCUCAACUGCUCCGUGUGCCAGGCCGGCUUCCUCUACAACGCCCAGCUGCGACGCCAUUUCGCCUCGGAGCACGGGGGCGUGGCACCCACAGGCAGCGCCUCGGAUGACUAUCAGUGCCGCUUCCGCUGUGACAUUUGCGGAGCGCCGCAAAAAUCGCGCGUGGCUUUGCAGCGCCACGAGAAGCACAAGCAUCGCCUCAGUAAAUAUUAUUGCGCCGUGUGUGAGCUGGAGUUCGAGACGCCACUGGCUGCGCGUCGGCAUCGCAGUCUACUGAGCCAUAAGCAGAAUGCGAUGCUUCGCCAGGAUGGUGGCCCAUGCAGCAGCUCUGUGCAGCCAGAGGGGGAGACCGAAAUAGAGCACAUGCUGCGUGAGGUGCUGGACGAUCCGCUAUCCGAGCCCGAGCAGCCGACAACGAGCUCAGGCACCGGCCGGAGGCGGAUCUGGAUUAGCCAGUGCGCCAAUUGCCAGCAGAGCUUUGAGUCUCCCCAGGCGCUGAUUCGGCAUCGCAGCGAGGCCCAUCCCAUGGAGAACCACUGCUGCCUCAGCUGCGGCAGCAGCUUCCAGACGGCCCAGGCCCUGGGGCGGCACACGCGAAGCUGCCAGCCCAUUACCUCGAUCUCCUCCACCAUGGACGCGGUCGCCAAUGAGUGGCCCUGCGAUCAGUGCGGCUUCAGUGCCCAAUACGAAUCGGAUCUGCUCUAUCAUCGCUUCUUUCACGUACGCGGCCCAACGAUUGGCAAGGACGAGCUGCUGCAGUGUCCGCGCUGCCCCAAGCGCUUCCGCAAGCACUCGCUGCGCGCCCACCUGCGCAACCACACGAACGAGCGCAUCUUCGAGUGUGACCAGUGCAAGGCCAAGUUCGCCAGGCGACACAAUCUCAAGAGCCACAUGGCCAACAUUCAUGGCCAACGGGAAAAUCCAGAAAAUGCCCCCAAGACAACGAAAACAACGACGACGACAACGACAACGAUGCGAGCCAAGCCGAAAUUUGAAUGUGGCACGUGUGGCAAAAUGUUGGCUAAAAAACAAUCACUUCAACUGCACGAAAUGACCCAUACGAAGGUGAAGCCUCAAUUCCAUUGCCCUCGCAAGGACUGUUCCUAUUCGGGUCUCACGCACGAAGGCCUGAAAACCCACAUGAAAUCCCACUCCCAGGGCCAACACAAAUGCCACCACGAGAACUGCAGAUAUGUGGGCAAAAGUGAGCUGCACUUGAAGCGGCACCUCAAAUCGCAUGCGACUGUUCCGGCGCUGCUUGACGACGGCAAAUGGUUCAAAUGCGAUCAGUGCGGAUUCAGGGCACUGGUCAAAGGUCACCUGGAUCGUCACAUGCGCAAACAUACCGGAGAGAAGCCACACAAAUGUCCCCACUGCAGCUUCCGGUGUAGCAGCUUCGACAAUCUACGCAAACAUAUCACAAAGACGAACAAACAUCCGGGCAAGUUCAUCUACGAGUGCUCUACCUGUACUACAUUCAAGAGUAACAGCUUUAAAGACUUUCAGCAGCACUCGAGCACACAUCAAGUGGAAGAUCCAUGAGGCUACAUAAGAUAGUAGAAAUAUUCAAGUCUUAAAGAUCUGCUUUAAAAAAACAACAAAAUAAAUAAAAAUAAAAAAUAAAAAAAAAAAACAACCACGUCACAGCUUAAAAUAAGCAAAAUGUUAAUCAUGCAUCGGCCGGGAAUCGAACCCGGGCCGCCCGCGUGGCAGGCGAGCAUUCUACCACUGAACCACCGAUGCUCAUAUGGGAUUUGCUUCAAAAGUUCCGCACUUAAGCUAGAAUUAAACUAAUCUUUUAUUUAUUAUUAUUUAAACAAUUCUGUUUUCGAUUUUAAAUUUAAGGCUAACCCAAAACCUACUUGAUUAAAAAAUUAUUUACAAAAUUAAAUGUUUCUAUAUGUGUAUGAAAUGUACAAACCUGGUUUAUGUGGAAAAGUAUAUAUUAGGAUAAGCAUAGCUCUGAUUAAAUUUUUGCAAAAAAAAAAAUGUUAGCGCAUAGUAUAUAUAGACGAAGAUUUUAUGGCUAAACUAAUAAAUGUAUAAACGAAUUUAACUAAAUGUA